AGCGGGAAAGAGGCGGUAAUCCGUCGCCAUCCGGCCCCGGUCGGUUGGCGGGGAGCCGUGAGGGAGUCUGAGGGCGCCGAGAGAAGAUCCUUGGAGCCGCCGAGGGGCUUCUGAGGAGGGUCUGCCUCGCGGUUGAGCGCUGCUCUUUGGAGUUUAUUGCACUCGCUUAGGGAUCGUUUCUCAGAAUCAAGGAGUUAGAAGUAAGCUUUCAGAUAAGUGAGGCCCCCACUGUGCCGCUUUUGGACUCGGAAGGGGAAAAUGGAGCUGUCAGGAAUGAAAAAGAAGAGUUUGCUAGGCAUCAAGGAAAAUAAUAAAAAGUCCGGCACUAGGGCUCCCUCUCCUACCAAGCGCAAAGACCGGACCGAAGAAAAAUCUAAGGAUCGGUCCAAGGACAAACCCGCCACAAAGGAAUCAAGUGAAAAGGACCGUGGGCGCGACAAAACUCGCAAAAGGCGCAGCGCCUCCAGCGGCAGCAGCAGCACCAGGUCUCGGUCCAGUUCCACAUCCAGUUCUGGGUCAAGUUCCAGCACCGGCUCCAGCAGUGGCUCCAGUUCCUCCUCUGCAUCGAGCCGUUCUGGGAGCUCUAGCACAUCUCGUAGCUCCAGUUCCAGCAGCUCCUCAGGGUCUCCGAGCCCUUCCCGACGUAGGCAUGACAACAGGAGACGUUCCCGCUCGAAAUCUAAGCCACCCAAGAGAGAUGAAAAGGAACGGAAGAGGAGGAGCCCAUCCCCCAAACCCACCAAAGUGCAUGUUGGGAGACUAACCAAAAAUGUGACCAAGGAUCACAUAAUGGAAAUAUUUUCCACUUACGGGAAGAUCAAAAUGAUUGAUAUGCCGGUUGACAGGCUCAAUCCACACCUCUCAAAGGGUUACGCUUAUGUAGAAUUUGAGAAUCCAGAUGAUGCCGAGAAGGCGCUGAAGCACAUGGAUGGAGGGCAGAUUGAUGGUCAGGAGAUCACGGCCACAGCUGUCUUGGCGCCUCGGCCACGGCCGCUUCCCAGGCGUUUCACCCCUCCCAGGAGGAUGUUGCCUCCGCCGCCCAUGUGGCGUCGGUCACCACCUCGCAUGCGGAGAAGGUCCAGGUCUCCCAGGCGCAGAUCCCCAGUUCGCAGGCGAUCCAGAUCCAGAUCACCAGGCCGGAGGCGACACCGCAGUCGCUCCAGUUCCAACUCUUCCCGAUAAAAUGCAGGACGUGACAGCUUCUUGGGUUUUGUUUUUUUUUUAACUUAAAAGUGCAUCCAGUUUAAAAGCGUACCUUUUUAAAAAAAAAUAAAGAAAGAAAUGGAGGAAAGGGUAAACUGAGAAAUGGAAAACUAGCUGGGCCUCUUGACCCCGGUGGGAUUUUGGAGGGGGGUUAACUUCCUUGCAUGUAAACUAAAGUGCUUUUUAAAGGUAACAUUGUUUCUGAGGUUCUAAAAGUGAUCUAUGCUUUAGGUAUGAGAUCUGAUCUCGUGAGUCGAAUGAGCUCUGUUACUUUUAGGAUACACCAAAAAUAAACAACAUCCCUUUCCUCUUCUACAGUUCCCCCCCCCCCCCCCGGUAAAUUUAGAUACAAUCUCUUUGUCCCUCUCCCUCCCCCUUCAUUAGCCCCUGCAUAUGGAGAUGUUGGGUGUUGCAUCCUUUGACAUGGUGAAUUCUUGCAUAGGGAGGCAGAAAAGGUUACAGACAUGGCCUGCAGUUGUGUUCCCUCAAACCCACCCAAGAACUUGAAAAAGAACCCUGGUUUUCUUGUCAGGCUUCCCUUUGCCAACAUGGCUUUGGUACAUUGUUCACAUGGCCCAUUCUUUUCUGGAUCGAUGUAAAUGCUUUUGCUUUUUAGAAGAUGUGAAACAAAUUGGCAGAGAAGAGAUUUCCCUCACCCCUUCCUCUAGGGUUGAUUUUGAGACCAAUUCGGGUAACUAAGGUUAAGUUUGCAAAAAGGCGAGAGUUUUACAGCCUACUGUACAGUCAUUACUAUAAAGUUUGAUUUUUGUAUAACUUUGUAGCAUCUUGUAGUCAUGUUGUGUUUGUACUUGUGUAGAGCGGCAAGACUGAAUAAACCAAUAUGGUUGCGAGUUAA